CUACGCUACGGCAAGCCAUAACAACACUAUAACUGACAACAGACGAAUGCAACUCUUGUCCUCAAAUCUACCAACAAUUCAGAAGUAACAUCGUGUGCUGAAUCGCAUCAAGAAUCAAAACCAAAAUGACCCUUACAUCUCGCGACCCAUUCCAGCUCUCCGGCCGUUACGCCGACAGGAACAGGUGGGAAGUGCUGAACGGCCCUGGCGACUCUCGGGUUACAGGCGAACAGAUCAUCCAGGACGAAGGCCUCGUCAACGGCUGGAGGGACAAAGUUGUCCUGAUCACGGGAGUUUCGUCCGGCAUUGGGGUCGAAACUGUCCGGGUGAUGGCCCUAACCGGGGCGACUGUCUACGGUACCGCUCGGAAUAUCGAAAAGGCCAAGGAGGCGUUGGGGUCUGUCCUGGAUACAGGCCGUGUGCAUCUGCUGUACAUGGACCAGACAGACUUAGCCAGUGUCCGGGCCUGCGCGGACACCUUCCGCCAGCGAAGCAGCAAGCUCAAUGUGAUGAUCAACAACGCCGCGGUGAUGAAUACCCCCGAGGGUCGCACCAAGGAUGGCUUCGAGCUACAGUUUGGGACAAACCAUCUGUCUCAUUUCCUGCUCUUCUGGUGUCUGAAAGACCUCCUCCUGCAGAGUUCGACGCCUAGCUUCCACUCCCGUGUUGUAAAUGUCGCCUCCGCAGCCCACCGCUACGGGCCAGUGCAGCUGGAUAACAUCAACUUCGAGGGAAACUAUAACGGCUGGUUGGCGUAUGGGUCAAGUAAGACAGCCAACAUUUACAUGACGACCCAGAUUGAACGGUUAUACGGAUCCCAGGGUCUCCAUGGAUACAGUGUGCAUCCCGGGGCAUUUGUCAGUCCCAACCUCCAAAAGCACUCACAGGCGGAGAUGGAUGCCAUCCAGAAUGAUGCCAGGGUGUGCAAGUAUAUGACAACCCUGGCACAGGCCUGUGCAACCUCCGUUUAUGGUGCGACCUCUAGUGAGCUGGAGGGCCGCGGUGGGUUGUAUCUGGAAGGAGCGUCAGUCGCAGUGCAUCCUUGCCCUCCUGAUGGAGAUGCCGUGGAGUAUGGCUAUGGCAGUUGGGCGUUUGACAAGAAGAAGGAAGAAAGGCUAUGGGAACUGAGCAAGCAAUGGGCUAAGGUGGAUUAGUCCAGGGACGGAGAACUGGAUGCAGAUGUUUUCAGUCAGUCUACAUAAGCAGUUGUGGGAAACGCUCAAGCCUCAUUACGAACUCAUAUAGACAAUGAUCAUG